AUGAGUAAAGACGAUGAAUAUGAUUAUCUUUUCAAAGAUUCUGGGGUUGGUAAAUCCAAUCUUCUUUCACGUUUUACGCGUAAUGAAUUUAAUUUGGAAUCUAAAUCGACCAUUGGUGUCGAGUUCGCUACCAGAAGUAUUCAAGUAGAUGGUAAAACCAUCAAGGCACAAAUUUGGGAUACUGCCGGUCAAGAACGUUAUAGAGCCAUAACAAGCGCUUAUUAUCGUGGUGCAGUUGGUGCAUUACUUGUCUAUGAUAUUGCUAAGCAUUUGACUUACGAAAAUGUCAAUCGUUGGUUGAAAGAAUUGAGAGAUCAUGCAGAUAGCAAUAUUGUAAUUAUGUUAGUAGGAAAUAAGACGGAAAAUAAUUUAUCCUUCAUUGAAACUUCCGCAUUGGAUGCAAGCAAUGUAGAGCUUGCUUUUCAGAAUAUCUUAACCGAAAUAUACCGCAUUGUUUCCAAUAAAGCUUUGGAAAACACUGGCGGAGAUGUCGCCAGGCCGACUGCCGGAGAAACUAUUCAAGUAUCUUUAUCACCUGAUGAGAGUAAUAAAUCUGCCGGAAG